AUGUCGUCGCAGAAGCAGCCUCUGACAUUGUGCCGGAAGAGCAUCAAAGAGUUAUUAGAGGAGAAUGAUGACGCCUUGCCCAAUCAGCCGUUGAAACCGAAGAACUGCAGCCCCGAGCAUGAGUUCGAACUCAACAGGGGGCUAGCUGUGGACACUUUGCUCAGCGAUUACCCUUACCUCCUGGAAAGAGCCCCAGAUUUCUCCAUCUUCCGCAAAGACAUUAUUCUCACAGACGCUCAGGGCUUCAGCAUCUCAGGGCUUCAGGCUUAUCAGCUGUUCUUCGGGAUCCUCAGGAGGCUUGCGUUUGUGCUGCAUUCACAAGCUGUCGUUUACGUCAUGCUCAUGGACAAGUACGCUACCGACAAGAGCAAGAUUCGUCUGAGGUGGAAGAUCGAACUCAAUGGAAGGUCGCAUGCAACUACGAGCAGAGACCGUGAGGCCAUGCUGCGCAACCUCGGGUUUGAGCAGGAGCUGGGAUGUCGGUUUGCUUCGUCCGAGGACAGCGCGUUUGUGCUUGAAGGGAUUUCUGUAUACAAGCUUGAUACCAAGGGAAUGAUCAACUCUCAUACCAUCGAGAUCACAGAGCCGACAGUCAUGGCACCGCUGGCGGCAUUGCAGCGUCUGAUCCCAAGUUCGUUGCCGGCGUCGUUUGUUCCAGAUAUCAUUCCGUCAUGA